AUGUCGUCCCAGCUUCUGCCCUACACAAACAUAUCCUCUCUAAUCUCUCGGCUGUCUUUGUUGGUCAUGUUGAUGAUACUACUACCACGAUCCUGUUAUGGAGUCACUUUCUAUUUCGGAGGUAAGUAAUUGGAUUACUACUCGAAGGUUGUUUGGUGUAGUAGUGUAAUCCGAUUCUGGGAUGUGUUUGUUUUGAAGAUGGAGUACUUUUUAGUACUCGGAUUACUUCGGUACUUCCUUGGCUUUAUUUUUGACAUAUAUAGAGGUUAGUAAUCCCUUACUUUUAAAGCUUUUCAAUAAAAAAUUAAAUUUUGAUUAACUUUAUGACAACCUUAUUAUAGUAAGACGCUUGUUUACUAGUACUGAAGUCAUUACUUUUGAACUUGAGCACGGUUUUCCUUUGUUAUGUACUGAAAAGUAGGUGUAGGAAGUAACAUACGAUGACAUUUAAUUAAAAAACACAUAAUAUAGUAACAACAAUGUAGUAUCGCAUGUUGACUGUACAAAAAUAUUGUACCUGGAAGUCUGAUCAAAUGUAUUUUGGUUCACAUAGUCAAGACUACAUCAAGUUAUAGUCAUGCUAUGCCUUUGCAGUCUAGUUUACCUUGUUGUAAUUGUACGGUAAUAGUGUAAUUCAAAAGUAUCUUAACUUUAAUAGCUUUAAAGCUACAACAAUAUCAAGUUACUGAAUGAUUCUGUUUUCAGCCGAGAAGAGCCCUCUAGAACAACAUAACUUCGAGUCGCUGGCUGAGAAGCCCAAUCUAAGUAACGAUGAGCUCAAGUCGGUCUACUCCUUCUGCAACUUGUUGCCGUUGUUGCAAGCGACCGGUCGAAUGAACAUGGACAAGAGAUCGUCGGAGACCUGCACUCAGUUGAUGAAGAUACUGAAGCCGAUCUUCGACAAGAGGACGGCGAAGCGAUCACUACAAGUCGACGAUGAGGAAGAGGCACCACAAGAUUUACCACUCCACAGGAUACGAACGCCCAUGACACGGAAACUGUCGAGAACGUUCCUCAACGUUCUUUAA